AUGGAGACCAUGGAAAUCCUACGUUCAAAAGAUUUUCUUCAUAAGGAUAUUGAGAUCAAGUUGCCUUCAUUGGACAUGACAAGUGACCAGAAUGAUCCUGAGUAUGUGCCAUCUGCAGAAAUACCAGCAUUGCUAACUAAACAUCAAACAAUAGUUGCGCUACAAGCAUCAUGUGAACGUACGGAGAGGAGACUAGACAUACGUCAUGGAUCAGAGCGACGAAUAUGCGAACAGAUUCCUUUCCUUUGCCCGUUCAUACAAAAGAAGAAGGUGACGGUAGAAGAUAUCAACGGUAGAAAAGGACAUGACAAAAACCCUAGGCGAAAUCACACCCAUGCCAGUAUGGCCAAAACACUGGAUACUCAGUUGGCACACCAUAUGUUGACUACUACCGAAGCGAACUUCACAGGAUGA